AAGCCCCGCCCAUGCAAAAAAUCUGACUUCCGCCUCGUGACGCACACACUCCCGCCACUUGCGCGUGCUCUGCUCUCCAAACAAACGUUAUUUAAACUUCCUGACGACAACAACCGAGCUGAACCUUUUCCUAACUAACUUGACAGCCGCACUUCUUCAUUCCCGACGAGUACACGAUCUACUGAAGCUCUGAGGGAGAUCUGAGAUGGAGGGCGCCGGGGUCCCUUCUGGGGAAAAUGGUCUCCUCCGAGCAUCCUUGCCUCCUCCUCCUCCUCCUCCUCCUCCGCCGCCUCCCCCCCGUCUCCUCGCUCCCCCCGGGACCCUCCCCUCGUGCCACGCCACGCGGUGCUCCAUGAAGAAGCUGAAGUGGGACACCAUCCCCAGCCAGCGCGUGCUGGGCAAGUCCAACGUGUGGACCUCCAGGCUGCCCCAGAGGGACCUGGUUCUGGACAUCAGCAGCAUGGACAAGCUCUUCAGCCGCGUGGACAAGGGGACCUUGCUGCAGCGCUCCAGGCUGGCGGGCAUCAAGGAGCACGGAGGCGUGGAGGUUGGCCCCCAGGAGCCUCAGGUGACGAUUCUGCACUCCAAAAGGAGCAUGAACAUCGGCAUCUUCCUCCGACAGUUUAAGAGGCCGGUGGCAGAAAUGGUGGAAGACAUCCGCCAAGGCAACUGGUGCAGGUUUGGCAGCGGCAAGCUGAAGGAACUCUGCAAGAUGCUGCCUGAAGAAAGUGAGGUGAGGCAGCUGCUGUCCUUCAGCGGGAACCUCUCCCUCUUACCCGAGGCCGACCGCUUCAUGGUGCAGCUGGUCCAAGUGCCGUGUUACGAGGAGCUCCUGAAGAUGAUGGUGCUGCGCGAGGAGUUCUUGCCUCUCAUGGCGGAGGUGAAGAACUCGCUGGCGGUGAUGAUCAGAGCGGCUAACGAGCUGCUGGACUGUGACGACCUGCACGCCGUCAUCCACCUGGUCCUGAAAGCCGGCAACUACAUGAACGCCGGGGGCUACAACGCCGACGCCAUGGGCUUCAGGAUGACGUCGCUGCUCAACCUGGCCGACACCAAGGCCAACACGCCCGGCAUGAACCUCAUGCACUACGUCGCCAAGCAAGCGGAGGACAUCGACGCGGCGCUGCUGACCUUCCCCGGCCAGAUGGAACACAUCGCCAUGGCGUUAAGGAUCUGCAAGGAGGAAGUAGUGGCGGACUUUGAGCGGGAGGUGAAGAAGCUGAAGGAGGUGAAGUUGUACACCAUCAGACAUCCCGCCCUCUUCCAGCAGAUGGAGACAUUUUUCACGCAGGCCGAGGCCCAGCUCUCCGACGUGGACUUCCUCCUGCACGAGCUGAACGUGCUGAGCUACGCCGUGGCCGAGUAUUUCUGCGAGGACCCGACCUCCUUCAAGCUGGAGGAGUGCUGCUCCGUCUUCCACGCCUUCUGCAGGAACUUCGACCGCGCCGUGCAGGAGAACCGCGAGCGCGAGGCGGCCGAGCAGCGGCGUAGGAGGAAGGAGAGCAGCCGCUUGGCGACCAAGCGCAGCUCCAAAGUCUCCGAUCCCGGAUCGGAAGCCAACUUGGAGUCGGUCUUGCGCAGCUUCCUGGCCAACGACCUGGACGGUGUCUCCCGGUGCAGGAAGACCUUGGAGCUGGCGGUCCGCCAUCCAUCCGGAGACAAACCAGAGCCCGCCUCUCCGGAGAAGGAACAUCAAGAUGCGGAGAAAGUGUCCACAGAAGGAACACACGGACAAGACCAGAACGGAGAGGGAGCCACGGACUGUCCGGCUACCCCUCGUACACCUCGGCCAAGAACCAGAGACUACUUCUUUGCCAAAAAUGGCGACGUGGGCUCUCCAUGGACCAUCUUGAGUCCUCUGACUUACUCCCAGAGACGCGCUCAGCAGCACAGACCCUCCGUGUCCGACGAGGACGACGAAGUGUGGGAAAGCGGAGGAGAUCCAGCAAAUCCCAACGCCCCGUUUCUCUCCGAGUACCCCCGAGACCGAGCUCUCUCCAAAAGCCCCUACUUGAGGUCCGCCUCCGUGGACGAGACCAGGCUUUCUCCCGCGCCCGCCUUCCGACUGGGGAGUUUGUUCCAAAGGUCCUACUCCUCCGGUUCCAGGACUGAAUCGGCGAUGGCGGACCGAGCCAGGGCUUCGCUGGUCGCCGCCAAGACCGGGGACCACGCGGACGGACCGGCAAACAGCCUCGGCUUCAUCUCCUUCUUCAGACGCUUCGGGGGCCGGAGCAAAGCCGGAGACGUGGAGGACCACGUCCUGAAAGACGACGAUACUUAA